AUGACCCUCGAGCAUAAGAUCGGACGGCACCAACAGAAGCAAGAAGGAAGGAUCAACGAGGAAUUACGCGCAAAAGCAGUCUCACGCGCAUCGCCACUAUGUCAUGUUAUCGAGCUAUUACCCUGUCCCCACUUCUCGUUCGCCAUAUUCAUGACUUGCUCGCCAUCGCUGCCUUCUGAUGCCGGAGAAAAGCUCCAGCUUCAAGGGGGAUCUCCAGAAACUCUGCAUCAGGGUGACUCGGCGACAUACAUGUUUACUGGAACAGCUAUCCAGGUGUUUGUGAAUAGGCAGGAUUCGAGUGGCAAUGCCUUGUUCGGCAUUGAUACGGAUGGUCAGCAUCAUGGCGGCGACACAUGCAACCCACAGCAAAACCCUUCUGGAGCACUCUGGGGUACCUCCCAAUUGAGUCUGAGUCCCACACAGCAUACGCUUUUCAUCACAAAUAGCGGUCAACAACUCAUAUUGGACUCCAUCGUGGUCUUUGGUGGGCCAUCAACAGCAUCUCGACAGACUCAAACAACGGUUCCGUCAUCGGCUUCCAGUACAUCUACUCACUUCUCCAUGACCACCACCGUUACUCUCCCUCUUCCUUUACCGACACCGUCAGGAAAGGCUCCGCAGAGUACAUCAACUGCCACAACCUCAUCCUCAGUCGCGUCCUCUUUGACUCCGGGAACACUUACCCAAUCGCAGGCAGACGUCACACACGCAUCUACUUUGAUGAGCAGCGUCACCAGCCCCAUCGUUCACACAUCAGUAAUUGCACCUUCCCUUGGCGCAAAAAGCGGUGGGCUUACCAUCGUCUCUGGGUAUACUACGAUCAGCACUAUUGACGGGAUGGCUACAACUAUUACUGUUCAACCGACAACCAUCGUGGUCAAGGAAACAUCGGGCACUAGCGGGCUCAAGGAAACAUCGCCCAUUAGCGGGCUCUCCAAAGGAGCUAUUGCUGGAGUGGCAGUAGGGGUGAUCGCCUUCUUCAUGAUGCUUUUUGGGACAUGGUGGUGGUGGCGCCGUUGCAAUCGUGUUAGAUUCUUGUAUGGGAUUUCACACCUGGACUUUGAUCCGACGGUGGCUUCAUCGUCAGAUGUUGAGCUCUCAAGUCAGAAUAUGAGGGCGCGGGAGAGCGAAGUCACGCUGUACAGUGAUGCCCUCGCCGAGUACAAGCGGCCAUCCAGCUACGCAUCCUUCGCUUCCGAUGCAGAGAAGCGCCCUCUUCCCCACGCCACGCCCACGCCUCCAGGGUUGUCCCAGGAGCAACAGGCAUCCAUGCACAACACACCGUGUUUCUGA